CAUGCAGGUUUCUGGUGAAACAGUUUCGAGAUUUUCUUGGGCCGCAGGUUCUUCAAUAUCUGCAGUUGAUGAUGCUGAUAAUAUUAGUUAUAGUAGCGUCGGUAGAAAUAACUACCCGCGAGGUCGUUCUUUCCACGUGGUUGCUGCCUCUGCCACUGCCGCCACCACUCCAACGGCUUCUUCGGAGGCCAGCUGGAACAGCCAGACUGGCCUCUUAUCUCAUCCUCGUGGUCCGGCCGGCGCAGCCAACAUCACAUUCAUGACGUCAUUGCGUAGUCGCAGUGCUGCUAAUCAUAAUGCUGCUCCUCAUCCUCGUCACGACAAUGUGAAGGAGGAGAAGGAGAUGAAGAAGAAAUUGGGUGUACGAUGGUACAGUAUUUUCCCAAUGAGAAGAUCAAGGAGAUGCCCUUGCUCCGGCAAGAAAUCGGUUCGAGUUGUUGAUCCCGAGACUAAAUCAUCAAUUCCAAACAUGUCAUCAUCAGUCAGUCGAGUCGGAGUCGGAGUUGGAGAGAGUAUUACCAUUAAUAACGGCAAUAUGGCAACCACCAAUGUUGUUACAGCCCGCGAUUUGAACUCUUCCUUAAUCGUGCCGCCGAUCGACAACCGUCGUCAUCCAGUGUGGCCCGGUCCAGAACGGCGUUGUCCGGAGUGGAAUGAGCACCAACAGAUCACUGCUAACAAUAUGCCUAGGCCUACUACUACUGGUGGUGGGUUUAGCUUUCCUAUAUUGAAAGUGAAUGGGAUUGGAGGCACAUCCACGUCAUCGCCAGUUGUCUCAACCAUAUUCCAGAACCCACCAAAUCCUACUUUCACAUUCCCUUCUUCAACUCCCAAACCCCCAAUUAACAUUCUUAAUAAUAAUAUUAAUCCCAAAAAUCAUCAUCAUAAUAAUAUUGAUGAUGACGUGGCAAGCGAUGCUAGUUCUGAUUUGUUCGAGAUCGAGAGCUUCUCUACUACUUAUGCUCAAGCACAAGAUUACUCUCGCACCCGCCGGGAGUCGUUGGAUGAGGAGGAUGCAAUCGGCAGCGGUCGACGCCGUUUGGGUGCCGAUAUCAACUCGGUAACCGAUGGCCAGGAUUCAAUCACGGCAACCGAUCAAUACUGCUACGAGCCGAGCGAGGCCAGCAUCGACUGGAGCGUCACCACGGCUGAGGGCUUCGACCGAUCAUCCGAUCAUCAUCAUCAUCAUCAUCAAGAUCAUGAUCGUGACGUUGCUGACGUGGCACAAAUUAUGAAAGUGAGCAGCGGCAAAGGGAACAAUAUUGGGUUGUUGAGCUGUCGACGUGAGAAGGCGGUUAGUGUGGGGCCUAACCCAGUGAGAUUGGUCAUCAUGCCUCCUGCUGCAGCACCUGAUCAGAAUCGACAUACGGGUGGAGGAGCAGGACCCACCAAAGUACUACCACCAUCGUCAAAUUCCAGGAUCAGGCAUGUGGGGAGUAGGCCAGGCUUAGCCAACAAUAAUAAGCCACCGCUUGCAGCUCGGAUGUCUGCUCCUUUUGCAACAUCCGCACAGCCAGUCAUCUGAUCAUCAAUCAUCAGUCG